AGUUUUAUGACUGGUCCUUCUCAAAGCAAAAAAAGGGCAUUUAAGUCGCGAAAAAUAGAAAGCGAAGAACACGAAAACCAGAAAAAAAAGACCGAUGAAGCUCGCGCGUGGCUGCCAGCGCAAACGCAUGUCGGUGCUCUUCUGUCCAACUGCAAGCCGCAUUCUCAAUCAAGCAUUUUCUCCGUACAUUUUCCUCUGUUUUCUCGCGGGGGGAAACGCCCUUUAUUUCUGAAACCCUAGAUUUUUCUCGGGAAAAUUGCGGAUUUCAAUCCCUGGAUUGCUCAAUGCGAACCUUGACAUAGUCUUGUGAAACCCUAAAAGAUCGUUCUCAACUGAAAUCGGUACAAUGGGAGAGCGCGCGAAGUCCAAGGGGUGCUGCGGUUGGUUUCUUGUGAUCCUACUGGCGGCUCUGGUGGCGACUGCCGUCGUGAUCACCGUGAAAAAGAAAUUCAAUCACUCGAAGUCCGAGCCACUUCCGGUGCCGGGACCUCCCGGCGCCAUUACCAAGAAAUAUGCCGACGCUCUCAAAAUCGCCAUGCAGUUUUUUGACGUGCAGAAAUCUGGUAAGUUGGUGAAUAAUAAGAUAAGUUGGAGAGGGGAUUCAGCUCUUAAAGAUGGAAGUGAAGAAAAUUUGGAUCUCUCCAAAGGAAUGUAUGAUGCUGGGGAUCACAUGAAGUUUGGUUUUCCAAUGGCCUUCACUGCCACAGUGUUGUCAUGGGCCAUACUUGAGUAUGGAGAUCAAAUGAAUGCGGUGAAUCAGUUGGAACCUGCACGAGGCUCACUCAAAUGGAUCACAGACUAUCUUGUUAAUGCUCAUCCUUCUGAUAAUGUGCUCUACAUCCAGGUGGGUGAUCCUGAAGCGGAUCAUAAAUGUUGGGAGAGGCCCGAAGCCAUGACUGAGGAAAGGCCUCUCACACAAGUGAACACAUCUAAUCCCGGAACAGAUGUUGCAGCUGAAACUGCAGCAGCUAUGGCAUCGGCUUCUCUUGUGUUUAAGACAAUCAACCCCACAUAUUCAAGUUCACUUCUCAAGCAUGCCAAACAAUUGUUUGGAUUUGCUGACAAACAUCGAGGUUCUUACAGUGUCAGCAUCCCCGAAGUUGCGACAUAUUACAAUUCAACUGGAUAUGGAGAUGAGCUCUUGUGGGCAGCUAGCUGGCUUUAUCAUGCAACAGGGGAUCAAUCAUACCUAAACUAUGUGACUGGGGAAAAUGGGAAACUCUUUGCUAACUUUGGAAGUCCAACUUGGUUUAGUUGGGAUAACAAGCUUGCAGGAGCUCAGGUUUUAUUAUCCAGGGUGAGCUUUUUUGAUUCAAAAGAAGCUUCGAAUCUCCAGAAGUAUAGGAAAACAGCUGAGGCUGUUAUGUGUGGCCUUCUACCAGGGUCUCCAACAGCCACUUCCAGCAGAACAGAGAGUGGGUUGAUAUGGGUUAGUGAAUGGAAUGCACUGCAGCAUCCUGUGGCUGCUGCAUUUUUGGCUGUUGUAUACAGUGACUACAUGCUUACCUCCCGCACUGCAGAGUUUUCUUGCAAUGGAGACUCCUAUUCACUAUUAGAUCUUCGGAAAUUUGCCAUUUCUCAGGCUGACUAUGUGUUGGGCAACAAUCCUAUGAAAAUGAGCUACCUAGUGGGGUAUGGAGACAACUAUCCACAGCAAGUGCAUCACAGGGGAGCCUCAAUUCCUGCUGAUGCAAAGACUGGCUGCUCUGAUGGCUUCAAAUGGCUCAAAUCAACCGAGCCCAACCCCAACGUGGCUACCGGAGGACUUGUGGGCGGGCCCUUCUUGAACGAGACUUACAUAGACUCCCGAAACAAUUCAAUGCAAGGGGAACCAACUACAUACAAUAGUGCAGUCGUUGUUGGUCUCCUUUCGGGUUUGGUUACGACCUCCUCGGUGGUCCAGUCCUUCACAUAAAGAGCCGCCAUCCUUGAUACAUAAAAUGAACUCCAGUAUGUUUGUAUCAUACAUAGCUGUGUCUGUCUGCCUCAGCCAUACUCAUCCCCACCCAUCCAGUCUCUUGAGUUUGCUGUUUGAGUUUUUCUCUGCUCUUUUUGGUUCUAAUUGUUUCGGCAAGCUUAAGAUGUAAUUCUUUUCUAGGAGGUUUUACAUAAUGUAACAAUUUCGUUCAUAUAUAUAUAAUUAUAUAUAUUUGGGAUACAUAUUUAGCA